AUGAAGAAGCCGGCCAACAUGCUGAAGCUGAGCAAUAAGGAGUCCAUUGCCCCGAUCGCGCUGACCACCAUCUUGUUCUUCCUCUGGGGCUUUGCAUACGGCUUGCUGGCUAUCCUGAACGAGCAGAUUCAGGAUAUCCUGGGCCUGGACGUCUGGCAGUCAUUUGGUCUGCAUGCGGUGUACUUUGGGGGGUAUCUGGUGGCGCCAGCGUUUGUGGGGGGCGUCGUGCUGAAGCGCUGGGGGUUCAAGUGCACCUUUAUCACUGGGCUGUGCAUUUAUGCCUGCGGCACUCUGGUCUUCUGGCCGUCAGCCGUGCUGACUUCGUACCCUGGUUUCAUCGUGUCCAAUUUCAUUGUGGGCAGUGGACUGGCGGUGCUGGAGACGGCCGCCAAUCCGUUCAUUGCGCUAUGCGGACCACUCGAAAACUCGGAGAUUCGGCUGAACAUCUCGCAGGGCGUGCAGGCAAUUGGCAGCGUCGUCUCGCAGCUACUGGCCAAGAAGGUGCUGUUCAAAUCUGUGACCGAUGUGAGUACUCUGGUCGAUGUGCAGUGGACAUAUUUGGGCAUCGCACUGUUCGACGUACUCCUCGCUCUCGCUUUCUAUUAUCUGCCUAUCCCCGAGGCAUCGGACGAGGAUCUGGAGGAACUGGCCAACCGCCGCCGCGCCGACAACCGCGCCACCGUCGCUGGCAUCCCCGUGGUUUGGCUGACACUGGGCCUCGGCGUCUGGUCUCAGUUUUUCUACGUGGCCGGCCAAGAAGUGAUAUCGAUGAGCUUCGACAGCUAUGUCCGCACCGUGCACCCACUGUCCUAUCUCAGUCCCUUUGAACAGCUCACGGUCGCACACACGGUGUUCGCGGUCGGCCGCUUCCUCGCCGCCUUCGUCCAAUGGUUCCUCAAACCCCGCUGGAUACUUAUGCUCUCUUACAUCGGCAUGAUCGUCUUCUCCGUCCUGUGCAUGAAAAUGACCGGACGAGCCGCUGAAGCCAUGGCUCUCAUGGUGUACCUGUUCGAGAGCGGCGUAUUCAGUAUCAUUUUUGCCAUCUCGCUGCGCGGCACCGGUCGACACACCAAGACCGCGACCGUACUGCUCACGGUGGCCAUCGGCGGCGGCGCCUUCUUCCCAUUCGCGCAAUACGCAGCCGAGCUGGCAGGCGGCAUCCGCUAUUCCUACUGCGUGCUGGUGGCGCUGUUCAGUGCGGGCGCCAUCUUCCCCAUCUACCUCAACGUAGUGCCGGCAGCCAAGAAGCAGGUGGACCCGGUACCGAACGAGCACCUGCGACAUCCCCGCCGGCGCAGUCGCAUCAAAGCCAACGUGAUGGCGCGCGAAAAGGAGAACCCAUCGGUGGGUGGGGUGCUCUCGCGCCGGCGCAGCGUAGUGUCGGAGCCGUUGCCGACGGUGCAGCUGGCGGACCACACGAAGCAGACGUCGGGGGGAUUGAUGCAUGAAUUGGCGCCAUGGCCAGAGCAGCGCGGGGAGCGUGCGGUGCAGACAGAUUAA